CAACCAAAUCCCGCUAUUUCCUAUCUCCCGCGGCGCCGGAGCGCGGCGCACUCGCGCAUUUCCUCGAACACAUCGCCCUCGCGCAUUUCCUCGAACACAUCGCCCUCGCGCCGCCGCCCUCCAUGGCCGCCACAGCUGCCGCCGCCGCGCUCUCCACCCUCUCCGCCACCGCCUCGGCGGCCGGAAAGCGGUUCGUCACCUCCUCCUUCUCCCUCUCCUUCUCCUCCCGCCGCCUCGCCACCCCUGCCGGCCUCCGCGCCGCCGCAGGUGCCGGAACGGCGCGGAGGGCGGCCGCCUCGGCGUCCACCGUCGUGGCGACCAUCGCCGUCGGGGACAAGCUCCCUGAGGCGACGCUGUCCUACCUCGACCCGGCGGACGGGGAGCUGAAGACGGUGACGGUGGGGGAGCUGACGUCCGGGAAGAAGGCGGUGCUGUUCGCGGUGCCGGGGGCGUUCACCCCGACGUGCUCGCAGAAGCACCUCCCGGGGUUCGUGGAGAAGGCCGGCGAGCUGCGGGCGAAGGGGGUGGACACCAUCGCCUGCGUGUCGGUGAACGACGCCUUCGUGAUGCGCGCCUGGAAGGAGAGCCUGGGCCUCGGCGACGCCGUGCUGCUGCUCUCCGACGGCAACCUGGAGCUCACCCGCGCGCUCGGCGUGGAGAUGGACCUCUCCGACAAGCCCAUGGGCCUCGGCGUGCGCUCCCGCCGGUACGCGCUCCUCGCCGACGACGGCGUCGUCAAGGUGCUCAACCUGGAGGAGGGCGGCGCCUUCACCACCAGCAGCGCCGAGGAGAUGCUCAAGGCGCUCUGAGAAUCCAAAAAGCUUGUGCUAGGUGGCAAUAAUGGCGGGAGCUGCACGUUGCUUUCGCCGAACAUUUAACCUUUUUUUUUUUUUUUCACUCUUAAAAAUGACACCUCUACACAUUGAUAUGUGGGUCUUCAUGUGUCUAUGACAUAUGGGUCUAAUGACAAUAUGUUAGCAACAUUUUUAAUAGUGACAAAAAGUUAAUUAUCUCUGCUUUCGCGCGUGACGCGUGGGGUUCGUGUCGUCGUUGGAGAGAGGAAUUGUUUUUGUGUGUUUUUUGGUUUGAACAGUGCAUGACAUGUGCUUGACGAAAUGACGAGAUAUCGAAAAAUGUGUGUUUUUGGUUGAAUUUUGCACGCCAUAUGUUUGAC